AUGGCCGUAGGUCUUGGAUUAUUAGAUGAGAGACCACAGCACAAACGAAAUUUCUAUAAGGGAUGGUCUCAAGACGAAGAAAUUGACGAUCUGUUUCACGAUCCAGAACGAAGUGCAAUUUGGGACGAAACUUACAAGGCAACGAAUAUAUUAAACUCGCGAGCAUUCUGUAACGUUGGUUUGCUUGCAGUGACAGCAUUUGGAUUACUCUCUUUGUUUGCUGGAUAUCCUCUUUAUUCUAUUUACAAUGCAUCAAAACAGAUAAACCAUCAUGGACAGUACGCAAACUACAAUAAGACUGGUCAAAUACCCUGGGGUGGUCCACGGAGGGGCCUAAUUGAUCCAGACACACCAGAGGAGUCUCGUACGCGUGUCGGCACUGAUGGACAUGUAUAUGAGUUAGUGUUCUCAGACGAGUUCAACCAGGAUGGUAGGACAUUCUAUCCAGGGGACGAUCCAUUUUGGGAAGCUGCAGACAUGCACUACUGGGUUACCCAUAAUCUUGAAUGGUAUUCACCACGCCAGGCAACCACAAACAAUGGUAGUCUACGUCUCACUCUCGAUACAAUAGCAUCUCACGACCUCGAAUUUGAAGGUGCAAUGCUAACUUCAUGGAACAAAUUCUGCUUCACAGGAGGAUACGUCUCAGCGAACGUACAGUUACCAGGAAAGAAUGACGUCUGGGGUAUUUGGCCUGCAUUUUGGAUUAUGGGUAAUCUCGGUAGAGCGGGAUAUGGUGCAACAUUGGAUGGGAUGUGGCCAUACACGUACGAUUCAUGUGACGUUGGAACAUUACAGAAUCAAACAAUGGGGGAUUACCCAGAACUCGCUUACACGUCUGGGAUUGAAGGAAAAGCAUUGUCAUUUUUGCCUGGACAGAGACUCUCUCGUUGCACAUGCGCUAACGAAAUCCAUCCUGGUCCUAUGCAUGAGGAUGGUACAUUUGUUGGACGCUCGGCGGCUGAAAUAGAUGUCUUUGAAGCACUAGUCGAUCCUGCUAUCGAUCAGAGCUUGGUAUCCAUGAGUGGCCAGUUCGCGCCAUUUAAUGCGCAUUACGAUUGGCGCAAUGACACAGAAAUGUACCUUAAGUACCCAGAAAAGGAUAGGUACAACGAGUUCCAGGGUGGUGAAUGGCAACAAUCAACUUCUAUACGUUUAGUCACUGACCCAAGUGCUUACGAAAAAUCUGGUGGUAAUUAUUCUAGCUAUGGUCUCGAAUACAAUCCUGGGUAUGGUCAAGAAGGAUACAUCGCAUGGCAUAUAGCAGAGGAAAAUAGAUACACCGUUUUUGCUGAUUCUAUGCGAGCUGUACCAGACUUAGGUAUAUCUGAUAGACUGAUUACUGCCGAACCAAUGUACAUGAUCAUUAACAAUGGAAUAUCAAACAAUUUCGGUGGAAUCGAUUGGGACGGAUUGGCUGGAUCAUUCCCGAACGUGAUGUCAAUUGAUUGGGUUAGAGUAUAUCAACGGAGAGAUAGGAUAAAUAUUGGUUGCGACCCGCCCAACAUGCCAACUUCAGCUUACAUUGAGUAUUUCAAAGACGCGUACACCAAUCCAAACCUCACGACGUGGGAGGCUCUUGGGGAAAAGCCAGUGAAGAAUGCUAUCUUACAUCAGAAUGAACCUGAUUGCAGUGACGCCAAGAAGCUUAUACCUGAUGAGCUCAUUGGACAUCAUAAUAUCAAGCCUAUUUUACCAGCUACAUUGCGACCGCCACUACCAGCUCCCGAACAACCUGGACCACUACCACCAAUGCCACCUAUACCACCAGCGCCCGAGUUCUCAGAUAUUCCUGAAAACCAAAGGCCUAAAGUGUAUGAAUAUUUUGAAAAUCCGCCACCAAUUAUGAGGCCUAUACAUAACCUGGGGCCGCCAGGACCUCCUUCGCUGCCAAAUGCACCGCCAUUCGACAGGCCAGCACCAAAUGCUAAUGACCAUGAGGAUGAUAAGGGUGAUAUGGGUGAUGAAGAUAAUGAAGAUAUGAUAAUGCAGUAAAACUCUUUACAGCCAAACAAAUAGAGUAACUAAUGUAAAUUAG